AACCACCGGGGCAGCGAGACCUCCCUGCCCUGAGAGAGGGACCUCCAGGCCCCCCCCGGAUCCCGAAAUCCCAGGGGCUUGCCCCGCCGAAGGGAUGGGGGGGCUGUGCCUGCUCGUGGUGGCUCUCUGCGCCGCGGCACCCGGACCAGAGCCGACAGGAUCUCCCAGUAUUCCAAGCGGGAACGCCUCGGUGACACCAGGUCCCGGAGCGCUCCGCUUGGCCGGCGGCCGGAGCCGGUGCGAGGGCCGCGUGGAGCUGGAAGAGCAGGGAAUCUGGGGGACGGUGUGCGACGACGGGUGGGACAUUCCCGACGCCGACGUCGUGUGCCGGCAGCUCCGGUGCGGCCACGCCGUGAGCGUCCGCGGGAAUUCCGCCUUCGGCCGCGGGCACGGCCCCAUCCUCCGGGAUGAGCUGGGAUGCCACGGGCACGAGAGGCACCUCUGGGAAUGCCCGGCCGCUCCGGAGCACGACUGCAGCCACAAGGAGGACGCCGGCGUGGUUUGCUCAGGUGGGUUUGGGAGCGUCCCGGCUCCGGCGGGGAGGGAUGCGGGAGGCACAUCCCCCUCCUUUCCCGCAGAGCACCAGGAGUGGCGGCUCUCCGGGGGCCGGGACGGCUGCGCCGGCAGGCUGGAGGUGUUUUUCCGCGGCACCUGGAGCACGGUGUGCGACCACACCUGGUACAGGCUGGAAUCGGCGGUGCUGUGCCGCAGCCUGGGAUGCGGGGCGCCGCUCCAGCGCCUCUCCUUCGGACACACGCUUCCCGGGAAGAUGCUGUACGAGUGCGGGAGCCUCCAGGCUUCCCUGGCGUUCUGCCGCUGGACCUUCAACAGAUCCGCUCCCUGCCACCAGUCCCGGGCGGUCGGGGUGGUCUGCAACGGCUCCCAGGGUUUGCUGGAUCCGACCCCCACGGCCGCAGGGACAACCGGGAAUGUCACCGUCCCGCGGGCCGAGGAAGGGUCUCCAGCUGUAGGGACACAAUUCCCAUGGGAUAGUCUCCUCUUUAUCCUGUGCCUGGUGCUGGGAAUGCUGCUCCUGCUCUCCGUGCUGGCCCUUGCCAUCGCUCUGCUGAGGCUGAGGAAGAGGAGCACCAUGUGUUCCUUGGGAAUAACCACCCCAGUCCUGGUGAUCCACAGCUCCCAGAGCCCUGACGUGCCCUCCGGGAUUCCCAAUGACUACAGGGAGAUUCCCACCAGCCUUCCCAAAGGAUCAGACCCGCUGGGCACAGCCUUUUCCAAGGAUUCCACCUCCGAUUCCGACUCGGAAUACUACGAGUUCAGCAGCAAGCCGCCCGUCGCCCUCUCCACCUUCUACAACUCGCUGCGCCGCCAGCCCGGGGAGCAGCUGCUCCCACCGAGGCCCAGCCAGGACGGGAUGGAGCCAUUCCCUGAGGAUGGUACGGGACAAGGGGGGGCCAUCCUAUGGAUAAGGGGGUGGCUCCUCUCUGUUCCUACACUGGAUGUCCUUGUUCCCGCAGCACCGGCCAGGAUGGGCCCCCCAUUCCCUGGAAGGAAGAACAGCUCCUCCAGCUCCUCCUCCUCCUCAUCUACGAAUCCCUGCCGGAAUGGCAACGUCCCCUCCCAGCACAGCUGGGGCACCGGUGGGCCCUGCCGGAGGGAUGUUGAUGGGGAGAGCCCUGGGAAUGGGAACAGUGAUGGGGAGAGCCCUGGGAAUGGGAACAGUGAUGGAGAAACCCCGAGGGUGGGGAAUGGGGAUGUGGGUACCCCAGGAAUGGGACCAGGGAUGGAGAGACUCCAGAGAUGGGAACAGGGAUGUGAACAGGGAUGGGUCCGACCCCAGGAAGGGAACGAGAGUGGGGGACCCCCGGGAAUGGGAACAGGGAUGGAGGGUCCCAGUAAGCACCUGUUUCUCCCAGUUCCCCCAGCAGCUCCCAGCAUUCCCACCCCAGUGCCCUCCCAGCCCUGGGUACCUCCGUGUCCAGCAGAUCCCGAUCCCGAUCCCACCGGCAGCUCCAGCACCUCCUCAGGGGAGUGGUAUGAGAACAUUCCGGGCACGGAGCCCACCGGAGACCCUUCCCAACAUCCCGGGCGGAUGGAUCCCCCGGGACAGGAUCCCGACUUCUCCGAGGGCAGUGACUAUGACGACAUCCAGGGAGCUGCCUACUGAGCCUUUCCCGCUGCUCCAGAGGGACACCUGGCCAAGGCCACCAUCCCACUGCUGGCAUCACCUCUGGAAUUCUCCAGCCAUUCCCCUGUGCUGCCAUUAAAAGCUUUUCCCACCGUA